AUGGAAUAUCGCAAAAGCUCCUACUGGGCUGACUCAAUUACUUCAAUAAUGAGAAAAACCGAAAUGAAUCUUCAUCGCAUCCAAACCCCUCUCCAGCAGCUCUAUGAAGAACAGUCUCGGCCAGCAACCUCUGCUGUAUAUCAAAGCAAUGAUCCAUCUGAUAUCCGAUCAAGACCCAGAACUGCCAAUCAGCCAGAAGACUCACCAAUAGAACCAAAUUACAUGAAAACUCACAUAGAAAAAAUCGUGACCGAUUUUUUAAAAUUCCAGCGACAUGACAUCAAUAGCAUAAACGACCGAUUAGCCAUUCUCGAAACAAGCCAAGCCCAGUCUGAAGCUAAUAAAGAGAAUUUCCAAAAGUCUUUAAAUGCUGUAGAAAAUAAAUGCCUGGCAGAAACACGGAGACUUGAAGAAACUUUUCGUGGGUUUGUGACUCAAGAUGAUUUAAAAAUAGUUGAAGAGUCUGUGAAAAACACCCAUUUAUACCAAAUAGCCCAAGUUGAGCUUGAUUUUAAAGAUCUACGGAGCGAGCUGCAUGGGAUUAAAGAAGAAGCCUUUAUUAUGGUAGAAAACCGUCUCAGAGAGCUGGCAAAAUCAAUGAUAAACCCUAAAGAAAUUCUUGACUUGAAAAAUGAAGUUAUCAGAGAAACAGCUGAAAAAAUAAACGAAAUUGAAAAUAAAAUCAGCCAGGACUGGCAAACACUGCAAAAUUUUAAUUCAGAAACAGUAGAAAUGUAUGAGAAAAAGUUCAGGGAUUUUAAUGACGUGAUUAAUGACAGAAUUGAUGAUGAAAAUAAAGACUGGACCAAGAAAAUUGCGACUGUCAAAAAUAGUAUUACAGAAGAGUGCGGAAAAUUGAAAAGCGAAAUUCAGAGGCUGGAAAAUGAAUUUUCCCUUGGGGAUAUUGAGUAUGAGAUUGGAGACCUACGAAAACAGUUCACAAGUCUGCAAAAAAGUGUUGGGAAUUUUGCAUCUAAACAAGAUUUAGAAGAAGUUAGAAAAUCUGCAGCAAACAGCCAGCCUGUACAAAUAGAUACAGAGAAUUUAGUAGAGAGAGAAGAAAUCAAUGAGAUUAUUAAAGAAAUAAACAAAAGACUCGAAGAGGGGAAACUUUUGCAGAUAGAAAUCAAAAAAGAGCUCGAAGGGAUUGAGAUGAGGAUAAUUGAGCUUGAAAAUGAGUCUUCAGGAAGCGAACAAGGGGAUUUUGAGCUAAUUGCCCAAGAAAAAAAGACUUUUCAAAAGCAAAAAGACGCAAAUCCUUUUAAAAGUGCAAAGGCUGGCUUUGAUAAUAUUGAGAAAGAAAGCCAAAAGUUUGAAAAAUUGUCUUCUUUUGGGGCUCAAGGGAUCCCUGAAGAUAUAAGAUCUCUUUCAGAUAUUAAACCGAGGGAUAGUGAGGAUAGUAAAAGAGAAAGCCCAGUGCUCAAAGGGAUAAAUAUCCCAGAUCAACCCCAAAAGAGCCCUAAAAAGGAGCCUGCAAAAGAAAUCCAAGAAAUAAAGCCUCAGCAGAAAGAGAAGCCACAGCUUGUUCAAAAAAUGCCAUCACCUGAUAUAAAGCCACCCCAAACAUCUCCUGAUAUUAACCCGCAGCCAAUCCAAAAGUCUCCUGAUAUAAAGCCGCAGCCAAAAAUUGUAGAAAACCCAAUAUUACCUCCUGAAGUAAAACCUCAGCCAAAAGCUGCAGAAGCCCCUAAAAUUGCAGAACCAAAGAGUCAACCCCAAGAAGAGCCUAAAAAAAUGAGCCGAAAUGACCUACUAGCUCCAUUUAUCCAACAAAUUACCAAAAAUCUUUUCAACACUGAACUAGAAAAGUGUUUUGAAGAAGUUGCACUUGCCAGAAAAAGGAGCCAACAAUUAACCCAAGAUCCUUAUUCUUCUUAUAAAACUCCACAAGAAGAAAAAAAGCUUAAUAUCAGCAGUGACAGCUUAAAAAAUAUCAGGCAGCUUAAAAUAAGCCCAAACCAUUCUUUCGCGAGCAGGCAUGAUAGCAGUGUUGAAGAAAUCAAAUAUGCACCAAAACCUCAGCAAAAAGUAAAUCAGCAGGCUAAAGAUAGUAAGCCACCAGUGGAUAUUGCAAAAGGAAGCCAAAAAAUACCUGAAAAGGUGUCUAAAGAAAUCCCAAAACAGCCAGAAGUAAUUUCUAAACAAAUUCCUGGAAAGCCUGAAGUUGCAAAAGAAAUUCCUAAGCAACCUGAGCCUGCUAAACAAAUUCAAAAGCAGCCUGAACCAAUUAAACAAGCCCAAAAGCAGCCUGAGCCGAUUAAACAAGUCCAAAAGCAGCCUGAGCCUGUAAAAGAAGUUAAAAAACCCUCAAUAGUAGACGAAAUUCUGCAAAAGAAGAAACAAGAAGAGCCUAAGCUUCCUAAAGAAAUACCAAAGCAAAAUGUGUAUAAAGAAGAGCCUAAAAAGCCUGCAGCUAAGGAUGAAUGGAGCAAUGUUCUAGAUGAAGAAGACCCUUGGGAAGUAUCUCCGAAGUCUUCUUCAAAAGCUCCUCUUCAGCAGUACAAGCAAGAUCCUUGAAGUUCGUCUGCAAAAGCUCCUGUAAAGGAAAGUAAGGCAAUUGUUCAACAGCCCAAACAAGAACUAGGAGAAGGGCUAGCAUUUGAUACUGGAAGCAGCAUAGAAAUAAAUGAUGACUGGAACCUUGGCUUUUCUGUGGUAAACCAAAACCAAAACAUUUUGGCAUCCAAAUCUCCUCAAAAGCCAAAUCCUGUAAAAGAGCCUCCAAAGCCUGUAGUAAAAGCACAAGUUCCUCCUGUGAAAGGAAACAAAAUGAUAAUAAACCCUCCAAAUAUUUCUGACUCUGAGUCUGAUAAGAUAUCAAUUGAAUUUGAUGACUUGCCCUUACCAUUCUAA